ACACUUUGUGUCAGGCAGUCAGGUGUGUUUGAAGUGGAGCAGACGUUUGAUCUAAAGAUACCUGUAUUAAGUAGCUAGGGGACCCAAGCCACCAUAUGCCAUUAGAGAAAGAGCCAUGAGGGGGAAGGACAAGGUAGCUAAUGAAAAGUUAAAAAAGCCUUCAUCUUCAUUGAUGUAUGCAUGACUAUCUUGUGGGGACUUUAUGAAAUGCUCAUUCAGUUGGAAAGUUCAUUGUUGCUUGGAUUUCAAUCUGUGUAUAUCUGUUAUCUACUGUUGUCAAGCAAAGAUGAUGUCGUUUGUGGAACCUUGUAUAUCGUGGACUGCUGCAGCACGGUAACUCUACCUAGGCAUGCUUAGAUUCUGUGGGGCCAUAUUGCAUUAGAAGGUUUAGGAGUUGUAUUACACAAGUUAUUUAUUUAGCAACUCUUUCUCAUGAACUAGUCAAGCAUGUAACUACUUUAUGCUUGGCAAAUUACUUGCCGGAUUUUGAGAGAUUUUUCCUGUACAUUGCGUACUAGGAAGGAUGUUUAAACUUGUGUGUCAGUUUGAGGGUGAAAAGAUAAAUUCGUGUGACGUAGAAUCUUUUUAACGACGAGAUCUAUGGCUAUGCAGUGGGAAGAUAGCAGUGUCGAUUUGUUAGACUUGAGAAUAGAAAGAAGGAGAUCAGGAACCAAAAGAAAAUGAGACGAAGAAGGAAGAAAAAACAGAGAAAUCCUCAGCAGAUGCAGAGGCUGAGAGCCAAGUUUGUCGCGCAGGCUAAGAAAUAUUUCGGGACACCAUAUGCCAAACGAUACUGGAACCCAGAGGAUGAGGAAUACUACUCCAAGCGCUUUCUUGACUGCUGCGGGUUGGUGCGACAGGUUAUGUUGGACUUGAGGAAGGAGUUUGGAUUCCGCAUUGGUCCGUGGAACCAGGCCUACAUGUAUGACACACUGCCAAUCACGAUAGAGAGAGAGGAGGAUAUGAAGGCGGGGGACCUCGUCUUCAUCUCGGGGAUUUACCCUAAUCCCAAAUCUCGGCAGCAGAAACAUCAUAUGACCCAUGUAGAGAUUUGGGCUGGGAAUGGUUGUAAAACUAUUGGUGCUCGAUGGAACAAAGGAAAGGUACAGGUGUUUGACCAUUACAAGUUCCAACCCAAGAGCUUUCAUAGUGAGCAGUAUUACUUCAAGUCCAUAGACACAUGGCUAGCAGGGACAUGCAAAAGCUUCUGCCCAGAACAUAAGUGGAAAAGAAGGAAGUUCAACCCAAGCAAGAAGUCUGUGUUUUCACUUUCUGGUGAGCAGAAGAAAAGUUCUGAAGCUGGUCCAUCAUCUGAAAAAAGUGAUCAGGAGAAACUAGGUCAAGGUGUGGUCGAGGAAGAAAUGACAACAGGAGAAGAGAGAAAUGAAGAGACUGAGAAAGCUCAGAUGGCCGAGGCUGAGAAAACAGAGGAAGAUGAGGAAUUUGAGGAACAAGAUCAAGAUUAUGGUGAAGAUGAUGAAGAAGAUGGAUAUGAUGAUGAAGAUUAUGAUGAAGAAGAUGAUGAUACCUAUUUGUACCAGGAAGAUGAUGUCGGACAAGAAGAUGAGGAUGAUAUAAAUGCAACACCUAUGGAUCUUCAGAGUCAGAUUCUUUCCACUAGCAGCUCAAUGGCUUCCUUGCAGAAUUAUGACUCAAACACAAGGUCAUCAGGAGCAACCAAUCAAAACACGGAAUCUAUACGAAGGAGUAACUUAGCCAUUGAGACACAACUAGCCAGUAAAUGCAGCAUCACUGAUAAAAAUGGUAAGAAUAUCAACAACAGCAGCAGCAGUGCCAGUCUGGACUCCGUGUUCUCUAAAGCUACCAACUCCAUGCUCCGUGGAAAAGGCAGUCAAUCUUGUAGUCAGCUGUCCCUAGCUUCCAAACAGAUAGUCAAAGAGUCAAGAGGUCAGCAGUGAUGAUGUCACUUCCUGUUCAAUGUAUUUUGAAAUUUAUACUAAUCUUUGUUAUAGUAUUUUACAUUUGUUAUUUGUUUUGAUAAUUUUAUAUGUUGCCAAAUAAGGCAUUUUCAGUUUUUUAAUUAGCCUUUAUUUUAUAGUUCUUUUUUGAACAUAAUUUGUUAGUGUUUGGGUGUUUUUGUUUUGUGGAAAAGGAUUUUGUUGUAAAAUUAUCUUUUUAAAUUAAUGGUUUGUAUUAAUUUUUUAUUAGGACAAAGAAUUUAGCAUUUUCUCUGCAAGGGAAUGGAGGAAAUUCAUGUAGUCAUUUUUGUGAUGAAAGCUAAAAAAAAAAUCAAUGAAAACUCAUUUAAUCUAUUCGAGCCUCCUCAUUUUCAAUCAGCAAAUAUUGAUGAACUGUUGUUAGACGCAGAAUAAAAACCACACCCUCAGGAAAUGAGCGCUUGUCUAGAUUGAUUGCCGUUGUGGCGCUUUGUGGCUCUUCUGGGAUUUACAUAUCAUUUCAUUUUACAUUACGGAUAUGGGUUUUAUUUAUUAAAAUUCAGAGUAGCAUUUUAACUUAUGAUGUGGUUAUAGUUAUUCAGUUCAGGGGGGAUUAUGGUCAGGUAUCUGGCUUAAUAAGAUAUGCAUUAAUAUCUGUUAUUUUGAGAUGUUUGAAUUUAAAAGAUCAUAUUUUUCUUUCUUUCUUACACGUACAACUUGAGAGACAGACAUAUAACUGAAAUUAAAAUUUAGAUAUUAUACCAAAAGAUUAAGGUGAGGCAGACCUAUAUAAGCUCAUUGAUUUUAUUUUUAUAAAUAAAUCAAAUAUUGACAUAAAAUACACGUUUUUCUCUUGGAAUCAUUGAAAUUUUGAAUUGAUGUCAUUUUCUUGAUAUUAGACCUAACCUAUGAUAUCAUGACUGACAUAAAUAUAAAAUUGAUCUCUACAGACUAUGAAAUUUCUUUCAAUUAAAAAAUACAAUGUGAGAAGACUUUGUAUGAAGUCCUAGAUUUCAAAGACCCUAACAGAACUCAGUGUAUGUGAUAGGCAUUGACCAUAAUUAUUAUUUCUCUUUGUCUUCUCUCAUGCAAUUUAUUUUGAACAAAAUUAGGAAAGUAUUACAAUAUCUUUCAAUUGUUUAAUGUGUAUAAGCAUAGCAUUUAUGUGCUGUUCUUGGAGCAGUUUAAGGGUUGAAAGGGGAGGGGAUAAAACUUCUUUCCUCAUAUAACAUUUUUGAUAGGAAUGUUGUGAGGCUAAAUUAUUUACCAUUGGAUAUGCUAACUAGAAUGUGGUUUUCAGUUAAAUCAGGUUUGCAAUUUAUUUAAUUGUAUGUAAGUUUUCAUUUUAUCGGAUAGUAACAGAAUUUUAUGAUUGAUUUUGCACCAUAUUGUAUAAGUGAUAUUAACAUGGGGACCUAUGGGAGGGGGGUGUUAUCAAUAUAAGGUGUGAGUUAUCACUGCCUUCAUUCCCAGUUAGGGCAUAUCCGACAUUGGUGGUAUAUCAAAGCUUCUUUUUUUAUUUGUGUACGUACCAUGUACUGGAAAAGUUUCCAUCCAUUGUAAUUUGAAUGUGAUACAUUAGAUCUGUGAUAUUUUAAAAACAGGGAUACACAUAUUUCUGUGUAACAGCUUUUCUUUUGUUUUUAGAGUACAGUUAAAGUUUGUUUUAUAAGCAAUUAGAUUUUUCUUUUGUAUAAAUAGAAAACAAAAUGAUAGUCCACUUUAGAGUUUCCUAUGAAAGGUAUGACAUAUGGAUUUAUUGAAUUAAGAAAUUGUCAUUCAAAUAAAAAUUGUUUGAUUAUAA